AUGGACUCUCUCUUCGGUAUCCCGCUGCCUUUCCAACGGCGUCUAACCAAGAUGUAUACCGACACGAAAAGCUCCUACGAUUUCGUUAAAGAGCUCGUGCAAAGUGAACAAGACCCCGAAGUCAUUUCUCUGCAUCGCAAGCUGCGUAUACAGAAAGAUAGGUUGAUAUCAUGGGGUCUCAUGUGGUCGGGCGACUGCGCGCUUGAAGAUGCCGACAUCGACGAGUCCAUCAACAAAGCCGGGCUCAGCGAGCUGGUCGGCAGCGUUAUGUCGACCAUCAAAGAGAUUCUCGCCGAGGCGGAACCGCUUUGGCAGGCCUCGAAGAAGAGGGCGGGGGGUGAGACGAGCCCAGGCGAGAAGGGUGUGGGCAGGGAUAGGAAGCAAUCGCUCAUUGUGUGGGAUAGAUCCCGGUUUCAGGAUCUAGUGAGAGAUCUUACCAUGUCGAUUGACACGCUGUAUGAUAUAUCGCGGACUCAACAGUCGGUGCGGAGACCGAUGUCUGGGAAGAGCGAGGACACGCCUGGACUGCAGGCGAAGGGUCCUGCAGCGGAAGAGAAGAUGUUCGAGUCGACCAGAAUGCAGACGCCGCAGCAGAUUGAUCCGAAAGCGCUUAUAUGGCCCAGGGAUCUCAAGAAUUUACCGUCUGGUACGUUACCGCCAGCGAAAUUCCAAAGGCAAAUCGUGUUUAUGCGGAGACCGAACUCUGACGAAGCAAGGAGAUUGGGGGCUGCGCCUACCGUUUUGCCGGCGUUGUUGGAGUAUGCGGCGUACGAUCCUAUUUAUUCCAUUACUGGUGUCACGCCUUCGAUGACAAGGUUUGAGAAGCUGUUCGCGGCGCUUUCGCAGUCGUAUGUGUCUACCGGACGGGUCCUGUCGGGUCUGCUACAUCUGAUCGGAUAUUUCGAGGAGCCAGAUCAGUCAAGAUUCUGUCUUCUGUACGCGCUGCCUACACACUUUGGACCCGUCGAUAUUUCCAGCCCUCAGAUGCCGACGAUGAACUUUCUGUCCGACUUACUAUUUAGUCGCAACUAUGAGCCGAGUCUGGAAGUCAAGUACCGUCUCGCUUACAAUGUCGCUAAUGCUGUUUUUGACUUGCAUACAAAUGGGGUGGUGCAUGGCAAUAUUGCAUCCAACAACAUCCUGUUCAUCGAGGCUCAGUCUAAAGGCCACUUAGAAUUGACACAAGUCAACAUGCGGCACCCAUACCUCACAUCUUGCGACCUGUUUCCCGAUAACGCCGCUGAUAGUUCCGACUCCUCUUCCGAUCUCAAGCCGUCGUUAUACAGGCACUCUCUCGACGCUCGAGCUACACGCUAUACGCGACUCACUCCCGACAGUAAGUCCUUGGAUCUCUACAGCUUAGCUAUGCUCCUAUUGGAAAUCGGAUUAUGGACUUCUCUUCCCGACAUAUUUCCUACGGUUUCUACCGUUCCCAAAAACCCUGCGGGUGCGCUUAGGAAGCUCGCUGCCAGAUGCGGAAGCUUGUAUGUCAAAGCUGUGCAAGCUUGCUGGCGUGCGCCAGAUGAUGAGAUCUCUGAAAAAGCGAGACCCGAUGUGAUGCAUCAAAAGGUCUUGUGGCAGGUGUCCAAAGCUCUGGAUACUUGCUGUGCCAUUGAUGAGAGCUCAGACGAUUUGAAUGAAAGUAGUGGUGACUAUCCACCGGUUCUAUCAACGCCGAUAAGAGCUUCGAGGCCAUCUGACUCUCAGACACGGUUUAUCAGUGAUGGAAAGUUGCCUGCUCCUGUCACUAAUCCCCCAGCUCCAGUAUUAUCUUCUUGCAACGAGAAGUCGGCGUAUGAAAAAUCAUCUGUUUCGUUCGCUCAGAAGCCAAUCUGGUCUGACAAGCUACCCCCCAAGCAAUCUACUCCUGCACCUAUGCUCGAAAAUCCCAGAUCCAAACUUCGGACCUUCCCAUCGGUCAGAAUUGACCAAGAGCGCCUAGACUUCUGGCAUAGCGGGCUGAUACCGCACAUCAACCACGUGCUCCGAAACUUCUACAAAAAAUACCCCGAGUCCGUCGAGAUCAGCUUAGAAAGCAUCGGCGAGUCUCCAUCAAGAACUCAGCCUACCAUACUCGUCAUCUGCACCAGCGUUAACAAAGUUCGCAGCAUCCUUGGGAAAUCCCUCGUUUAUGACAGAGCAACAUACGGAUUGAAAGUCUGCCGCGGCAAAGUCGUGCGCUCGCGCAAACGCCCUCGUCGGUCAACUGCCGGCGAAUUCGGCACAUCCAAAGCCGUAAACAUCGAGCACCAGGAGCGCCCACUGAAUGGAGCUUCCAUCGGCGCCUACGUAGGAGAGCGCCACCUCCCUCCCGUCUCCUUCGGCGGCCUUGUAGUCGUCGAUGGCAAGCCUUACGGCAUGACAGUUCACCAUAUGCUCGACGACCCGUCCGACGACGAAGACUCGGACGAGGAGGAGCCCGCUGCGCCUAUCCUCCGCUCUAGCGCGCACCAGCAUGAAAUGCAAGACCUGAUCCUCUCCGAGUCCUCGGCGUACAGCAGCGGUGAUGAAGAGUACCUCUACACGCUCUCAGACUACGACUCUGAUUUCACCUCUGCUGAAGAGUCCGAGGCCGAAUUCUCAGACUCCUACGAAGACAGAGACGACGAAGAGGAAGAUGAUGACGAGAACAUGAAACCAGGCGAUAUCAAAGGCAUCCCGCAGGGCUGCGGCGACGGCUACCUCAUCACCCAGCCCGCCAUCGACGACGUAUCCGACGAUUUUUUCCCGUCCGAAGAUACGCGAGACGAAGACCACCUCAACUCCUUCCAGCUCGGCGAACUGUACGCCUCCUCCGGCAUCCGUCGUCGCACCGACCAGAGAGGCAUCGUGCACGAGAUCGACUGGGUCCUCUUCAAAUUCUCACCUGCUCGCCAGCCGGCGACCAACCACAUCAAGAACGGCCACCGCUUCUGCCUGCAGCAGCCGCCGCCGACCACAUACCCGGUCUCCGUGGCCCCCUCGCCGGACCUGGGCAACCUCGCUGUCCACGGGCUCGGCCGCUCCUCCGGCCUGCAAUCCGGCCGCAUCCUCCCGGGUCUCGCCAUCGUCAAGAUCUUCGGCCGGCAGACCCCCUCGUCCAGCUACCAGGUCGCCGGCGGGCUCGGGAUCCCCGGCGACAGCGGCGCCUGGGUCGUCGACAACGAGCGCGGGCGCGCCUGCGGCCACGUGCUGGCCUGGAGCGCGCAGAAGAUGGUCGCGUACAUCUGCCCCAUGGACGUGCUCGUCGCCGACAUUGGCGAGACCUUGCGCGCGGACAGCGUCCGCCUGCCUGGAGGCGAGGAGCUGUACUCUUCCUUCUCUUCCUCCUCCUCCUCCUCCUCCUCCUCCCGAUCUACCAACAGCAAUACCAAUAGCGAAAAACCCAUCCCGGUAAUGAAUCCGCAAAUCCCCAUCGCAGCCGACGGAGCCGAGUCAGACCGGACGACGAAAACGACGACGAUAACGACGACGACGACGACGACAACGACGGGGAACCCGGAUAAGAAGAAGGAGAAGAUCAGUCUCAACACCCAACACCACAAGAGUGAAAGUGAAAUCGUCGUCGCGCACCUGCUACUGCAGAAAGAGCUAACGAAGCUCCCGCCCGAGCCACAGAUGGCCGCUGUGGGCGAUUGGCAUUGA